AUGCACUCGACCAGGACGGACGCGAGGGAGCCAGCGAGCCCCGGGACACAAACUGCUGAUGCUAAUAAUAGUACUGUUGCUACUGAUAGAACUAUAACUGCUACAACAACAGCUACAGUUGAUACUACUGCUAAUGUUACAGCUGAUAGUACUACAACUGCUACAACAAAAACUACUGAUGAUACUACUACUACUACUGCUACAAGUGAUAGUACUACAACUGCUACAACAAAAACUACUGAUGAUACUACUACUACUACUGCUACAAGUGAUACUAUAUUUAGGAGAAAUAACUCUUUGUACACUUUCAAGGACACGUCAACAACCUAUGCAACAGAAGCAAUAGCGCCGAGUUCUGUGGCAGGGCGACGGCUGAAACAGGGAGAACGGAAAAAAGUUAGAAAUUUAGGUAUAUCCAGUAUGCCCAAGUACACCCGGCAAGCUAAAGUCCCGAUACAAGGAAACCCAGUACAAGGCCGCUGUGGGGACAAGGUAGGCUCAGCGAGGGUUUGUGAUAUACCUCCGUCCGUCGUGGCAGGUUCGCCGGCGGAAGAAUGGAGCUACAGCGUGGAGGUGGGCGCGGACACUUCCUGGACGAAGAAGGAGGACGUGAAGCGAAUCCAACCUCCUCAGGACGCAGUGUGUACCUGUGCUGACGGGGCGCUGGAGUGCAAAGACAGCGACGGAAUGUGCGCAUGCGUCGGCCCCGAGAUGAUUUGCAAUGGGUAUGAAGACUGCCCUAAUGGAGAAGACGAACUGCGGUGCCAAGGCAUUCAUAGUUGUCGAGGUUACAAGUGCGCGAGUGGGAUGUGCCUUCCCAGAAAGGACGUGGAGUGCGACAACGUGCAAGACUGCGAUGACUACAGUGACGAGAUGGGAUGCGGGCUCUCCCACUUCACCCCGGACUGCAGUGCCCCUGACCAAUUCACUUGUGCGGAUGGUAACUUCUGCAUAUCCGUAUCGUGGCUUUGUGAUCGUGACUUCGAUUGCCAUGACCGGUCUGAUGAGGCUAACUGCUCGUCUGUAAACACAUGUGGCCCUUCCUACCAUCGCUGUGGAGACGGUCACUGCAUCUUCGUCACGUGGGUUUGUGACUCAGAGCCAGACUGUACCGAUGGUUCAGACGAACAGUCAUGCGACCGCACAGGCGACCACACGUGCCGGUCCGACCAGAUCACAUGUACCGUGGACGGUCGCUGUGUUAUGAAGCACUAUGCAUGCGACGGCAAGAACGACUGCGGCGAUUGGUCAGACGAACGGGAUUGCAACAGCUCGUCUUGCAAUCCGAAUGAUUUCAGGUGUCGAGGAGGAGCCUGCCUCGACUUCCACUGGGUGUGUGACGGGUCUGAGGACUGCGACGGCGGCGAGGACGAGGAUAACUGCCCUGAUCCUGCCGAUGACCUAGGACCUUUCAUUACGAGCCAAGAGUGCCCCGAAGGCCACCUCUACUGUCCUCCCAGAUGCGUCUCUCCGGAGUGGCAGUGUGAUGGGCACAACGACUGCCCCAACGGAGAGGACGAGACGCACUGCGAAAUCACGUGCGCCACGGAGGAAUUCACGUGCUCGUCCGCCAUGUGUAUUCCCUGGAGCCACGUGUGCGACGGACACCAGCAGUGUUUACAUGGUGAUGACGAAUUCGAGUGUCAGACCAUCGAGUGCGAGGACCAAGGGUGUUCCCACGCCUGUCACUUCGGCGGAGAAACGUGUCUUUGUCAGCCCGGAUUCACGAUCGCCGAGGACAACGUCACGUGA